AUGUGCAUACGGUACAUCGACUACUGGGGAGGUCGCAACUCCAUCGUCUUUUUGGGUGACUCCCGCGUUAGGCAGCUGUACUUUGAGUUCAUACAGUCGCUGUCACUGAAUGACGAAAGUAAAGAGGAUAACCAGUCGGCUCAUCACGAUUUGGAGUACUUCGAGAAGGAGUCCAAUAUGAAGGUCAAGUUCCUCUGGCUUCCCGUGGUCAAUCGAUCAAUGAUUGACCAGUUCAAACGAUGGAAUAAACAGAGUCUGGAUGAACGGCCGAACAUUAUUAUCGCCGGCAGUGCCACACACAGUAUCAAGCAGAGCAAUGCAAGCCUGCAAGCUCUCGAGUAUUAUCGACACAAUCUCACAAUUCUUCUGCCGUACAUGGAUGCCCUGAACCAAACCACUAAAAUUCUGUGGGCCCUCCAAGACCCAAUCAAGCAUGAUCUCCUUCGAAAAGACCGAGAAAUGAUCACUAACGAACAGAUUGACGCCUACAACAAAGUGGCCAUUGAAGUUCUGCACCACUCUACCACAGACUCGGUCUACGUCUGGAGCUCUGCUCGUCUGGUCGCACAGGGCUUCAAAGAUAUGAUCCGCGAGGAUGAAAAUAACGACGGACUUCACGUCAGUGCAAACGCUCUCAGGUUAUCCAUUCAAAUAUUAUGGAAUCUCUACUGUAAUGACCACAUGAACUACAAUGAUGGCACCUGUUGUAGUGAUCCUGAAAAGUCGACCAUUAUUCAGCUGAUUUUCUUGUCCGUAUUUUCCCUCUUUAUGGGCAUCAGUAUUUCCAUAUACUUCUACAACAGAGUUUUCAGAAAGACUCGAAGCACAUACCGAAGCUACAAGUGGACAAAGCUUCACUCUAAAGUUGAAGAUGACAUUGAAUUGGUGGAGCAAAGCGAUGCCAAUGCUAACUUAAUUGACGAAAAUGGGGAUGCUAACGAUGAUGAAAUAGUUCAAUUUGAAACUCUGUCAUCAUCAAAGGAACGUCUGGCUGAUCUCGAACAGGGCCUUUCCAAGAAGGACCUGAUAAUUCUGCUCUCUCGUCUCGGGGUGGUAAUGUUUUACUUUUACCUCUGCGAUCGAACCAACUACUUCAUGAAGGAAAAUAAGUACUUCACUCGGCCCAACUUCUUUCUGCCCAUAGCUUAUGUCUUUGCAUUGGGUCUGUUCUUCACGGACGAAUCGGCAACUAAUAACGUCUUGCAUCGAGAUCAGACCAAUGAAAUGAAAGGGUGGAUGCAGCUGGUCAUCUUGGCAUAUCACUACACCGGAGCUUCUCAAAUACUGCCCAUCUACAUGUUCAUUCGCCUGUUGGUGUCGUUGUUUCUCUUUCUAAGUGGUUUCAGCCAUUUUACUUACUUUUGGAAUGGUGGAGAAUUGAUUGCUAACCUUCGUUUUUUGCAGAUUAUAUUUCGAUUAAACUUUCUCACCAUUUGCCUGUGUCUGUGCAUGAAUCGACCUUACCAGUUUUACUAUUUUGUGCCGCUGAUUACCUUUUGGUUUGUGAUAAUGUUUGUCACCUUUAAGAUAAUUCCACACGUGACUUCAGAAUCUGCGGAUGCCAACUCAUCACACUACUUUUACAUUAUACUCAAGUUGAUAACACUUUUUGGCGUUGUCACAGUUCUCUACACUUCCGAAGUGUUCUUUGAAAACAUCUUCCUGAUAAGGCCGUGGAAGGCGCUGUUUGUCACCACAGACGACUCCAUCCAAGAAUGGUGGUUUAGAUGGAAAAUUGAUCGCUAUAGCGUUCCCUGUGGCAUGGUCUUUGCAUUUAGUUACAGUACACUGAAGAAGUACCACCUCAUUCACGACUCUGAGUACUCGUAUCUGUUUACGCCUGGCAUCUCCAUUCUCUCCGUUUUACUGUCCAUUAUCGGUUUAAUUUUCUACAUUGGCUUUAGCUUCCUCUGUCGCGACAAGGCCGAUUGCAAUGAAAUCCACCCGUACAUUUCCUUUGUGCCGAUUAUUUCGUUUAUACUGUUGCGGAACAUAUCCAAUCUACUUCGAUCUCGCUUUAGUCUGCUCUUUGCCUGGUUUGGAAAGAUCUCACUCGAGCUGUUCAUCUGCCAGUACCACAUCUGGCUAGCCGCCGACACUCACGGAAUUCUAGUCCUCGUGCCUGGCUAUCCAGUGCUGAACGUCGUUAUCACCUCCUUCAUCUUUGUCUGCGUGUCGCAUGAGAUUCACCAAAUAACGAACAAGUUUGUGCAGUACCUGAUCACCAACGACUGGCGGUACACUCUGCGCAACCUGGCCAUCAUACUCCUCUUUCUGGUGUUCGGUAGCUCAGCCAAUGUAGCCGAGUACAUUUGGAUCGUAGGCAUCGUCCUUCUCCUCCUUGGUGGACUUCUCUUUGUGAUGGGCGUCACCUCCAUUGGACUGUACUACUCCCGCGAGGACAAGCGAAAGAGUGAAAUCGAAUUCAUCAACACGGAGGCAUACGCAUCCAGUGCUGCCUCAGCACGAAGUGUCCAAUCGACUAAUAUCAACAACAUUUACCUCAUUGAGUAA